AUGGCGUUUCGCACAGGUUGCGAUGCCAUCUGGUGCAGGGCAUUCUCGCUCUCUCUGGAAGGAGAAGCCUUGAAGUGGUUCGAUUCACUCCCCAACGGAACCAUAGAAAACUUCAAGAGCCUAAGUAACAUGUUUAAGAGUCAGUUUGCGGCGUGUCGAGUGCAGGACGCCACCAUCGUUGACUUGAUGAACCUGAAACAAGGUAAAGAAGAAACCCUCAAAACCUUCAUGGACCGGUUUCAGAAAAUCGUUCGACGCGUCAAGGGACUCAGUACGAAGUUGGCCUUGCAACACGUGAUGCCCGGGUUGAGGCCCGGACCAUUCAAGGAUAGUAUCUGUCGGAAACCCCCCAAGACCAUGGAAGAGUUGCGCCAGAGGACGGCGGACGAGAUCAGGGUGGAAGAUAUGAAACAAAAUUAUCGAAAGGAGCUUCAGGAGAUGAAAGCGGAGAAGCAGGAGAGUAGACGGGACGGUCAAAGCGGCCGUCCGGGUAACGCUAAGGGUCGGGAAGGACCCCGAAAUCUCCGAUUCCCACAGUACACACAGUUGAACGCCCCUCGGGCCCGAAUAUUACAGGAGUCGCUUAGCGCGCAGAUAAUGCAGAUCCCGCAGCAGCGUCCAACUCCCCCGGGAGCGGACAAUUCCAAACAUUGCAUGUAUCACCAAAAUAUGGGCCAUAACACCGAAGACUACGUGACGCUCAAGGACAAAAUCGAGGAAAUGGUUCGGGCCGGCUUAUUACAGCGGUAUGUGAAAGGAUACCAAUCGGGGGGAUCUCCUGAUAGAUGGGAGAGGAAGGAAUACAUGGGGCGAAGCUCCCCCCGGUAUGAGGAAAAAAGAAAGUACACGAGGAGUCCUUCGCAGUUUGAGAGGAAAAACUGGUCGUCGGAUGGCCGAGGCAAUCGAUAUGCGGGCCAUGGGAGAAACGACGCUCAGCGGAGGUCGCGAAGUCGAAGCCAAGAGAGAGGUCGAAGCCGCCCUUUGAGAGGAGUUAUCAACACUAUCUCCGGCAGGUUCGCCGGGGGAGGACAAUCCUCGUCUACCCGUAAAAGGAGUAUUAGGACUCUGCGGUCAACACACGGUGUGGAGGUUCUGAAGAGAACGAUGCUGCCCAUCACUUUCACGGAUGAGGAUUUCCACGCACCCGACCCGGAACAGGACGACCCUAUGGUCAUCACGGUCGAGAUAGCACAGUACGAGAUAAGUAAAGUGUUGGUUGAUCAAGGAAGCUCGGUAAACAUCCUCUACUGGAAGACUUUCCAGCAGAUGGAUAUUUCGGAGGAUCUGAUAGUACCGUUUGGGGAGCAGUUGGUCGGAUUCGCCGGAGAGAGAGUUGAUACUCAGGGUUAUUUAGACCUGAGGAUACGGUUAGGGACCAACCGCUCCAGUGAAGAAAAGAAAGUUAGAUUCUUGCUGGUAGAAGCAAACACAUCUUAUAACGCCCUUCUCGGUCGUCCGUGUCUAAAUCUAUUUGGGGCCAUAGUGUCUACCCCCCACUUAACGCUCAAGUAUCCUACCUCCCACAAGACAAUCUGUACCGUGCGGGCCGAUCAAAAGACGAUUAGGGAAUGUUACGCAGCGGGGUUGAAAAUGUUUCCUAGGGAGGUAAGGCGGAGAACCGGACGGUCCGAGGUGGCCAUGACCGAUCUGGAUCCCCGAACCAACACUGAUGAUCGGUUGGAACCAAUCGGCGAGACAUUACCCGUCAUCAUAGGACCGGACCCUACACAGACAACUCUUAUAGCCCAGGGCAUGGAUCCUGAAAUAGAGAGACGACUCAAGGCCACAUUAUGGCACAACCGCGAUCUGUUCGCCUGGACGGCGACUGAUCUGCCCGGCAUACAUCCCUCGGUCAUGUCCCAUAGACUUAGCUUGUGCAAGGAAGCUCGCCCGGUGGCACAGAAGAAGAGGAAAAUGGGAGAAGAGAAGCGCAAGGCAGUGGAAACUUAA